AUGGGACGAAAGAAGGGGUCUAAGCAAGAUCACUUUAGGGAUUCCAGCGUGAAACCUUCUUCGCAGGAAGCAUUAAGAGACAAAAAUACACCUGAAACUUCAUUUGAUGCCACUAAAACUGAAGCAUGUAAUUCUGACGAUGUCACAAGCUGUCUAGAUACAAUUGAUGUGCUUGGGAAUGGUCUUAUUAUUAAAAAGACUUUGCAAAAGGGCCUAGGUAGGGAGACACGUCCCAGUCAUGGUGAUUCAGUCGUGGUGAAUUACAGUUGCUGCCUUGAAGAUGGAACACUUGUAGACGAGGUAGAAAAUGCGUACUUAGUAUUGGGAGAUGGUGAUGUCAUACAUGCAUUUGAUCUUUCAAUCCCGCUUGCUGAACACAAAGAAAUAUUUGAGCUGACUACGGAUGCCCGGUUUGCAUAUGGAUCUCGUGGACGAGAUCCAGAUAUUCCACCAGAAGCCAAAUUAACUUAUCGCAUUGAGGUUUUGAAAGUAGAUGAUCCGCCUUGUUACUCCAGUAUGUCAAGUUCGGAAAGACUCGUCGUUGCUAAUCGAAAAAAAGACAGGGGCAAUUAUUAUUACAAGAGAGACGAGUUCGCUUUCGCUAUUGAUAGUUACAACAAAGCGUUAAAAAUUCUAACCUUACCUCCCCCACCUCCGACACAAUCCUCUGGUGAUAAACCUGCAGAGAGUGAAUGUUCAAUGGAGCUUAUUAAUGAUGCGAAAAUCAAGUUGGAAAAUAACCUUGCGGCUGCUCAGUUGAAGGUCCAGGCGUAUGAUGCAGCCGUAAUGUCAUGUGAUGCUGUUUUACAAAGUGAUCCAGAAAAUAUCAAAGCUCUGUUUAGGAAAGGAAAGGCUCUUCUGGAGAUGAACGAAGUAGACGAUGCGAUUCCUAUUCUUCAGAAAGUGCUAACUCUUGCUCCAGGUUCGCAGAUGGCUAGUAUAGAGUUAACACGUGCUCGAGCUAUACGUCAGAAAGAACGUGAACGCCUUUCACGAUCUGUUAGUCGCAGAUUUCCAAGAAUUAAACAAACUAGUAAUACGAAAUUGUCUACUAUAUCCAAAGUAAAACAACUGGUGAGUUCUCGUUCUGUGAUUGUAACAAGUAUUGUGGCAGUUUUCUCUGUUCUCGUUGGUCUAAUUGUAUACGUAUAUCAACCUGUCAUUAUGGGAUUGAGUGGAUGA